ACACAUGAAAAGUGAACAUCUUUCCCUUACUCUGGUUGAUGUUUACUUUAAUCCGUUUAUUCAUUAUCAAUCUCAAAUCAUCCGUUUAAUCAUUUAUAAUUUUGUGGUAAUUCUGAACCGUAGUCUUACAUAAUGAACUUGAUAAAAUUAUCUAAAAAUAUUUAUCCUUUUGGUUGGAUGAGGAAUCCAUAUUUUCGCCGUCUUCCUGAGCAUUAUCUUAAAUAUCGUUUAGAACUAACAAAGCCUCCUGUUCGUGCACACGAUGACCCUACUACUGGAGAUCUUCUUGAUUAUAAGCUAGUUGAUGCAAAAACAUUAAGAAUCGAACGAGUUCCUGACCUGCCAGUUGGUACUAGAGAAUUAGGUAAUUCAAAUGAAGCUAUAUUUGCUGGUGAGAAUGCUGUUACUGGAUUUGAUCUACCGAAAAGACAAUUGUACCGAGAUAAACAUGUUAGAAAUGCCAAAGUUUGGGUGCCCAAUGUUUUCCGGACAACUGUAUAUAGUGAGGUGCUUGAUACUUAUUUAAGCAUUUUGUGCACCAAACAUGCCUUGAAUAAAAUUCACGAAGCCCACGGAUUUGAUAAUUAUAUUCUUAGAACUCCUAUUCAAGAUCUUCAAUCACGUCUAGCGCUGAAACUUAGACGAAAAAUGUUGAUAGCUCUGGCCAAGGAAUCCUAUCAUCCUAAUAAUCCAGAAAAAUAUGAAAUCGUAAAAAAUAAAUAUCAAGAUUGUAAAAUACCGUUGGAAGAGGCUGAAUGGAUUGGCUUAAGUUGGACCCAAGCUAUUGAAAAGAUGCACGAAACAGAAUUGGAAAAGCAUGAGCCUAUUCCAUUAAAAGUCAAACUGGGAAAAGAUUUGUUGAAUAAAAUGGAAGGUUGGAAAAAGGAAAAAGAAGAGAAGAGAGAUUCACAGAAUAUUUAGUUAUUGUAGAGCGACAAUCAGAAUAAUAAGAAAGAUAAUAAAUAUUCCAGCUAAAAUUGCCAUCAUUUU